UACUAUAUUUAUUAUUUAUAUAACUUUUUUUCGUAUAAUAUAUAUAAAUAAAAACUAAGUUGCAUUGGUUUUAUUAUAAUUUAACAAUUAAUCAAUAAUGCAAUUGUUCUAUUAAGUAAACAAUAUGUUUAAGGAAUUAUAAAACAUUUAUAUUAAAAUGUACAGCUGACUGGUACAACAAGAGGUUACAAAUUAUGAAUGUGAUAAGAUUGCGAUUAACAAGAAAUCCCUCUAACCAUUUUUACCAUUUAAAUAAUCUUGUAAAAAGAAGUAAUUUCCCGCUGAAUAUCGCGUACUAUUAUGCUACUACUUUUGACGCGAUAGAUUUAUUGACUAAUGAUUUGAUACAAAGAUACAGAGGUGUAAAUAGAAAUAAUAAAUUUGACUUUAAAAACACAAGGACAAGGGGAUUCGCAGAAGCAGAAUCGCCUUACCAAGAUGUAUCAAGUAUGACUACAGAGCAUUUGGAUAAAGUGUUUUUACAACUUUUGUCAAAAAACAAAGACAAAACUAUAGAAAUCUUGGUGUUAGAUUGUCUAAAUAAUCGUAAGUUUAUUAGUGGUCCCACUUUAAAAAAACUUUAUAAACAUUACAGUUUUGCAGGAAAACCAGAUACUGUUCUAAUACUUCAAAAAUACAGUAGCAAAGUGGACCCUUAUAUAAACAAACGUAAUGGAAAUUUUCAGCAUUAUUUAGCUAAAGCACAAUGUUUCAAAGGAAACUCAGAAAAAGGUCUAGCAAUUUUGACGGAGGCAUACAGAAAUAAUGAAUAUCUGAGAUCUUUCUAUAGGUCUAUAUUUAAAGAACUAAUCCAUGAUUCAGUUCAGAACAGAUCGGAGGCUUCGUUAAUGAUAUUUAAGAAAUAUGUCUUAGAAUUUAGUGAGAAAUGGGAAGACCAUUACCCAUUAGUAUGUUUUUGGCAUAUUUGCUGGUCCAGCACAUGGUUUUCAGAUCAAAUGUUAUCAAAUGAGCUGUUGGAAUGUUCUGAAAUGCUUCAGAAAAUUAUUAAGGAUAAGGCUACUGCUUUCACUAUAAGCAUUUUAAGGGAUGAAUAUAAUGAAGAUGCUGUGAUGCGACUAUUGCAAAGUCUACUCAAAUAUAAAAUGAUGUCUGAAUAUGUUAAGGUUUUACAAAUUUUAUUCAAUUACAAAUUAAAAAAUCGAGACCUACGCGGAUGCACUGAAAUAAUACGCAACUGCGAUGUAUUGGGGGUGAAGUUGCCAUCGGAUCAACAAGGGAGGUACAUUAAAAUGUUAAUAGAAGGAACACGGCCGGAACCAAAACAACCGGUGAAACAUACUUCAAAUUAUUUUAAACUUAAGUUCUAGAUGUAUA